GGACUCCCCGCGGCUCAGGGCGCGCUCCGGCGUGCGGCAGGUGCAGGGCGGAGGCGGCCCCGCCACCACCCCUCCGCUCGGCGGCGAUGCCGGCGGUGCAGAAAACGGUGUCCGAGAUCCGCUCCCGCGCAGAGGGCUAUGAGAAGACAGAUGAUGUUUCAGAGAAAACUUCUCUAGCUGACCAAGAGGAACUGAGAACUAUAUUCAUCAAUCAGCCCCAGCUGACCAAAUUCUGCAAUAACCAUGUCAGCACUGCAAAGUACAACAUAAUCACAUUCCUGCCAAGGUUCCUUUAUUCCCAGUUCAGAAGAGCUGCUAAUGCAUUUUUUCUUUUUAUUGCAUUACUUCAGCAAAUCCCAGAUGUAUCCCCAACAGGCCGUUACACCACGUUGGUCCCUCUCUUAUUUAUUUUAGCUGUAGCUGCAGUGAAGGAGAUAAUUGAGGACAUUAAAAGGCAUAAAGCUGAUAACGCUGUGAACAAGAAGCAAACUCAAGUACUACGAAAUGGUGCAUGGGAGAUUGUCCACUGGGAAAAGGUAGAUGUUGGAGAUAUAGUUAUAAUAAAAGGCAAAGAGUAUAUACCUGCUGACACUGUACUGCUCUCAUCAAGUGAACCACAAGCUAUGUGCUACAUCGAAACUUCUAACUUAGAUGGUGAGACUAACUUAAAAAUUCGACAGGGUUUGCCACUAACAUCAGACAUAAAGGACAUAGAAAGCUUGAUGAGACUUUCAGGCAGAAUUGAGUGUGAGAGCCCAAACCGACAUCUCUAUGACUUUGUUGGAAAUAUCAGACUGGAUGGGCAUGGUACUGUUCCACUGGGAUCUGAUCAGAUUCUUCUACGAGGAGCUCAGUUGAGAAAUACUCAGUGGGUUCAUGGGAUAGUUGUCUACACAGGACAUGACACAAAACUUAUGCAGAAUUCAACAAGUCCACCUCUUAAGAUGUCUAAUGUGGAGAGGAUUACAAAUAUUCAGAUUUUGAUUCUCUUCUGCAUCCUUAUUGGCAUGUCUUUGAUCUGCUCUAUUGGUUCAGCUAUAUGGAAUCGAAGGCACACUGGAAGAGACUGGUAUCUUGAUCUAAAUUAUGGUGGAGCAAGCAACUUUGGAUUGAAUUUCUUGACUUUUAUCAUUCUCUUCAAUAAUCUGAUUCCAAUCAGUUUGUUGGUUACGCUUGAAGUUGUUAAAUUCAUCCAGGCAUAUUUCAUCAAUUGGGACAUAGACAUGCACUAUGAACCAACAGACACUGCUGCAAUGGCUCGUACUUCCAAUCUCAACGAAGAACUUGGACAGGUUAAGUACAUCUUUUCUGACAAAACUGGUACCCUGACAUGCAAUGUCAUGCAAUUCAAGAAGUGUACUGUGGCAGGAGUUGCUUAUGGCCAUUGCCCUGAGCCUGAGGAUUAUAGUAUUCCUUCAGAAGAUUGGCAGGGCUCACAAAAUGGAGAAGAAAAAACAUUUAGUGACUCUUCAUUACUGGAGAAUCUGCAAAGCAAUCAUCCAACUGCACCUAUAAUAUGUGAGUUUUUGACAAUGAUGGCAGUGUGUCAUACUGCAGUUCCAGAGAGAGAAGGUGAUAAAAUUAUAUAUCAGGCAGCAUCUCCAGAUGAAGGAGCAUUGGUCAGAGCAGCCAGGCAUCUUCGUUUUGUAUUCACUGGGAGGACACCUGACUCAGUAAUCAUAGAGACUCUGGGACAGGAAGAGAGAUAUGAACUGCUAAAUGUCCUGGAAUUUACAAGCACUAGGAAGAGAAUGUCAGUGAUAGUUCGCACACCAUCAGGAAAGUUAAGACUCUACUGCAAAGGAGCUGAUACUGUAAUUUAUGACCGUCUUGCUGAAACCUCAAAAUACAAAGAAAUCACCUUAAAACAUCUCGAGCAGUUUGCUACAGAAGGCCUGAGGACUCUGUGUUUUGCUGUGGCUGAGAUUUCAGAAAGUGAUUAUCAGGAGUGGUUAAAUGUCUACCACCGUGCUUCCACAGCUAUACAAAACAGAGCACUCAAACUUGAGGAAAGCUAUGAGUUAAUUGAAAAGAAUCUUCAGCUGCUUGGAGCAACAGCAAUUGAAGAUAAACUACAAGACAAAGUGCCUGAAACCAUAGAGACACUCAUGAAAGCAGACAUCAAAAUCUGGAUACUUACUGGAGACAAACAAGAGACUGCCAUCAACAUUGGUCACUCCUGUAAGCUUCUGCGAAAGAACAUGGGACUAAUUGUUAUAAAUGAAGGCUCUCUUGAUGGAACAAGAGAGACACUUAGCCAUCAUUGCAGUACCCUUGGUGAUGCUUUGAGGAAAGAAAAUGAUUUUGCUCUCAUCAUUGAUGGCAAAUCCCUGAAGUAUGCUUUGACAUUUGGAGUGAGACAAUAUUUCCUGGAUUUGGCUUUGUCAUGUAAAGCUGUUAUUUGUUGCAGGGUAUCACCUCUUCAAAAAUCUGAAGUUGUGGAAAUGGUUAAAAAACAAGUGAAGGUGGUAACUCUAGCCAUUGGUGAUGGAGCAAAUGAUGUGAGUAUGAUACAAACAGCGCAUGUUGGUGUUGGUAUCAGUGGGAACGAAGGUCUGCAGGCUGCAAAUUCUUCAGACUACUCAAUUGCUCAGUUCAAGUAUUUGAAGAACUUGUUGUUGGUUCAUGGAGCCUGGAAUUAUAACAGAGUCGCUAAGUGCAUCCUGUAUUGUUUCUACAAGAAUAUAGUCCUUUAUAUUAUUGAGAUCUGGUUUGCUUUUGUCAAUGGCUUCUCUGGACAAAUUCUUUUUGAAAGAUGGUGUAUAGGGCUCUACAACGUGAUGUUUACAGCAAUGCCUCCACUAACUCUUGGAAUAUUUGAGAGAUCCUGUCGCAAAGAAAACAUGCUGAAAUAUCCAGAGCUAUACAAGACUUCACAGAAUGCACUGGACUUUAAUACUAAGGUUUUCUGGGUUCAUUGUUUAAAUGGCCUCUUCCACUCAUUCAUUCUGUUUUGGUUUCCACUCAAAGCCCUCCAGCAUGGUACUGUAUUUGGCAAUGGUAAAACUUCAGAUUACCUGCUCCUGGGGAACACUGUAUACACAUUUGUGGUUCUGACUGUGUGUUUGAAGGCUGGAUUAGAGACUUCAUACUGGACUUUGUUCAGCCAUAUAGCAAUCUGGGGCAGCAUAGCACUUUGGAUAGUGUUUUUUGGAAUCUACUCUUCUUUGUGGCCAGUCAUUCCUAUGGCACCGGAUAUGUCAGGAGAGGCAGCUAUGAUGUUCAGCUCUGGAGUGUUUUGGAUGGGACUUCUAUGUAUUCCUAUGACAGCUUUACUCCUUGAUGUAGUAUACAAAGUGGUGAAGAGAGCUACUUUUAAGACACUGGUAGAUGAAGUUCAGGAGUUGGAAGCAAAGUCCGAGGAUCCUGGGGCAGUUGUGCAUGGCAAGAGCUUAAGUGAAAGAGCCCAGCUGCUGAAGAAUGUUUUUAAGAAGAACCACGUGAAUUUGUACCGCUCCGACUCGCUGCAGCAAAACUUACUUCAUGGCUACGCCUUCUCUCAAGAUGAAAAUGGAAUCGUUUCCCAGUCUGAAGUAAUAAGGGCUUACGAUACCACAAAACAAAGGCCUGAGGAAUGGUGAAGGAACACAACUGGAGCUUUAGGCCUUAUUUGUAACUUUUGUGAAGACAGGCUGCUAGAUCUUUACUGGGAGUUGCAACCACGGCCCAGUUAUCAGAGAUUUAAAGAUCUAUGAUGGUCUUGUUCCAUAAAGUUUGGAUUUGUGUAUUCAGUAGACAUAAGCACUGUGCAACUAUACUGUAACACACCAUCUCCAAAUUUUUUAACAAGUAUUUGCUUAGCCUUUGUAAACAGAUUGGAAUUUCCCUUGUAUCUUGCCAGCUUGCUUAUUUUCCAAUGAAGUUGGAUCAAUACUGGUCAUGUACUGGGAGGGCAAUGGUCAGAUUGCUGAACGUACUUUACAUUGACAGACCAUUAGCAUCCGUGAAGGUUUUUCAGUGUUAGUGUAUUUUAAAUACAGUUGAUAACAAGCCUUUGAUUUCAAUAAGUGCUGAAAAACAAAAAUAUAAUAGUAUCUUAAUGGUGUUAAUUCACCUUCUUCGAGAAAGAUUUUGAGUCAAGAUGUUUAUAGGCGUUUGUGUCAAAUUAACCUAAAAACGUUUGCCAAAGAAGUUCCGUAAAUGUUUCCUGUUGUUAGAAACCAUUCGAAAGGAAAUCAGCUCCAGGCCUGAUCUCAGAACUGCAUGCCUGAAUCUCUGCACUUGAGGAGAGAGAGAGACAGUACAGUGAGUCAAAAAUUAGAGUGGCCUUUGUGGCAUUUGCUUUCAAAACUGCAAGUCUUUGCACCUCUGGCCUUAUACAAGCUUCUCCCUUCUUUUUCACUCAGUAUUGCAUCUGUUGAAAACGGCUGCUGCCACCUUGUAAAACUGAGUGCAAAGUACUAUCUUGUUCCAUUUUUAACAAUUGCUCUGCCUUACUUCCCUUUAGCAAACUUCGAGUUGAUUGGGUUUUGCCAUGCUUAAGUCGUAUCUGCUUCUAUAUUGUAGCUUCUAAAGAAGGUUUGUUUCAACUUAUUUUUAGAGACUAAUCCAAAUUUUCAGCAUUUUUAUACUGAAAUCGUUUGAAAAGUGGGCACUGGAAUAGAGAGCAAAGCCUGCCUUUGGCUAGUCUGUGGUAUGUACUGUUUUAUUUGCACUAAAGCCACUUCCUAUGAAGGUGUGAAAUGCAUUGCAGCAGCCUCUUUGCAGCUUACUGGUGCAGAAUACCUGUGUGCUCUCACCUUUAAGGAAUGAUGGAGAGGAAGCAACUGCAGGGAAGAGAUGCACUCCUGUACCUUGGAGAAAAAAAUAGAAGAAAACAACAACAAAUCAAAAAAGGAGGGAGGUUUUAAAUGAGAACAUUGUGAUAACUUUUUUUAAAGUAGUUAUACUUGGUGUUUCUCAGCUUGCCACCCAAAACCCAUCAGGUUUUAAGCUAAGAAAAGCUACACGAACUUCAGGAUUUGGGUAAAUCUUGUAGCUUCUUCGUCUGUGUUUAAUUCUGUGGUUUAAAAGCCACCAUAAUGCCAUUUGAAAUCCAUUUUUUCUGUAGUAGCAGAGUUCAGUUACAUUUCUCUAUAUUGCACAGAAAUGAUCUUUUGGUUGGUUUUUUUCCUUUGGAGAUCAACUUAGAGAGAAAAUCAGAACAAUGACAACUCCAGCAUUCUGUCAUACUAAGAGUUUCCUCUUCACUCUCCAUCAACUUUCAACUUAAAAGUAACCAGUCACCCAAUCCCAUCUUUUCUCUGCCCUCCUUCACUAGUCCUGUACUCAAGAAGGGUUGACUUUACCCCUUUGCCUUUCAUCUAGCUAAACCCUUACCAGAUAACUUUAUUGCUCUAAGUCUCUUACACUCCAUUCCAAGAGAAACUUCCACGUGAAAAGCCCAACAAAAGGCACUGUAUGAAAGUAUAUAUUUAGGAAGGCCUGUCGAUGGGGAGGCAGCCUGCAUUUCAUAUGUAUGUUAUGCAAUGUCUUCCUCUCACUUUCCUGGAGUGAUCUUUAAACAGAAAACAGAGGGCACAGGGACAAAGGGAACGUAUCCCACUAGAAACAGUACUGCCAGUCAGUCAUGCAGACAGGAACUGCCUUCAGAAAAGCCAUUGCAGGCAUAGAUAAAUAGAUGGAUCAAUAUGGGAGGGCCAAAUCACUUGACCUAAGGCAAGAAAAAAUUUGGGGGCAUGCCCCUUUCCUAAAAUGGGAAUCCCUAUUUUCUGUCAUCCAAGGACAAUGACCAACUUCAAAACAUUUCUGAAAUUAACCAUGACACUGUUGGCUCCUUUAGAAUCUUUCCAUGUAGUUAGCUCAUAUAUAAAGUGACUCAAGCUCUACAUGCUCUUUUCAUGGGUAAAUUUUUAGUGGUAUUAUCAUUGGGGAAUUUUUCUGGUUUAAAUUAUUCAAUUUUGCAGGGAAAAAAAAAAAGGGUGUGAGGACUAGACUAUAUUGUCCAAUAUUUAGACAUUUACAUGGUUCUUUUAUUCCCCCUGUGUAACAAAGUUCUGUCCCACCAAUGCAAUCCAGGCUCUGGAAAAUAACACUCAGUACAUCCCCAGCUUAGUCCAUCUUUAAAAGGAAGAAAGCAGCUGAAACAGCUCUCAACUCAGA